AUGUUUAAUUUAAAAGAAGAAGAGGAAUUUAAAUCGUUGUCUAUACACUCUAUACAUAGGAGAGUUGAUCGUCAAGAGAAUAGUUUAUUUAAUCAUCUUAGAUCAAUCGAUUUAGAUUCUAAAUUUGUAAAUGAUAUAGCAUUAUGUUAUUCUAAAUAUGCUUUGGUUGCAAAUUUGCGAUGUGGUGCAUGGUACUCUGCAAACUUUAAGUACAGUUGUUAUUUCCGUUCUACCGAUGGUCACUAUGGAAAUUGGAGGUUCAGUCUGACGCGUUUGAAUCUAAACAUCAUUGAUCUGGUGUUAAAGUAUGAUGGGUGUCUCAUUGUGGAUUCGACGAAGCGUGGUAAGAAAUUCCCUGAUUCAUUUACAAGAACCAUACCUAUUUGGAUAGCGGUAAUCAAUCGUUGUCUUUAUAAGCUCAAAUCUGAGUCUAUUCAAACCGUUAUGAAUGACAACUUGAUAGCAGAGCAAUGGAAUCAACUGUAUACUCCAAAGUGGGUGACCGAUUCAGAGAGAGAUCAAAUGUUAAAGAUGGUAGAUAGUUACUGUAAACUACUAAUGGAACAUGCCGAUACUUUAGAUUUAAAGAGCUAUUCAAGCAGAUUACACAAACCAUUACGUCCAUUAUGGUUAUCAGUAGAAACACAACCUAUAAUAUUAGAAUUUGAACAACAACAACAACAACAACAAACAAGUAAUAAUAACAACAAUAACAACAAUGACGAUGAUAAAGAAGAACAAUUAGAUUUUCAUCCACUUUAUUUAUUGUCUUGUUCUGACUUUAGAGAAGAUCAUAAGUCAUUUAGGGCGUAUAUACAAGGUGCUGGUGAUGAUGAUGAGAAUUGGUCAAUGGGAUUAACUCCACAGAUGUACUGGUCGAAUCAUAAAGAGAUAAUGUCACAAGAGAAUGACGAACAACUAGAACAAUACAUUCAACAACUUGUUAAAUCAGAAAGAACAAAGAAAGAUAUAAUCAUAUUUAAUAGCAAUAGUAAUAAUAAUAAUAAUGAAGAUAAACAAAAAGAAACAAUAAUAGAAGAAUCAAAUGAGUUUAAAACAAUAGAUAAUACAUAUAUAACUAUAUCAUCUUCAAAAGAAUUAACAGAUAUAUGGAAUAGAUUCGAUUUAAUUAUAAAUUGUUCAAUUGUAAAUUAUGUUAUAGAUAAUCAAGAUGAUGAUAAGAUAAAGAAUAACUAUAUACACAUUCCAAUGAAAGAAGGUAAAUUAGCAAAGAAUGACUUGGUUGAGAAUCUUCGAUUAUGCGAGCAAUGGUUGUUAUCAAAGAUGAAGGAUGAUACCAAAAGAAAUAGAAUACUGAUACAUUCUAUCAAUGGAUUACAAAACUGUGUAUGCGUACUGAGUGUACUUUUAUCGAAACAUCUACAUCUAUUCACAGAUAGUCUAGAAUCAUUUGAUUUCUUUAACAGAAACAAAUUAACAAAAUCAGAUAUAAUCAAACUAUAUUUAUUCUUGGAGAAACAAUCUCCUUCAUCACUACCUCAUAAAUCGAUAAGAAAUGCAAUUAAUAAUUAUUUAUUAUCAACAAAUAUAUCAUAUAAAUAA